AUGUCAUGUUAUCAACCUUUCAUACGUUUAUACUUCGCCAGAGCCUUACUCCAUGCUCCUCGCGUCUUGCUGACUUCGAUUGCUUUUUGUGCUUUGUAUGCUUUCAUUUCUGGAAAAUUGAUGUCGACUCCUUUUACGUCCGCUCAGUCGGCGGCUCACUCAGAACUCACACUAAAUGCGAUCGGUGAAAUUUUGGAUCGAAAGACUUCCGUCGCCCAAAUUAUGUCGCGGACUGUGGAGAACCUGAACCAUGCGUAUGAAUCGAGGGAUUCUGCUCCAGAAGAGCAUAUUUAUAAUCUUUUUAAGAUGCCAGAUCGGGAAGAAGCGAGUAUUACGAAGCUAAUCAAGGUUUUAAAGUCUUUUGGUUUACGGGAAUCGGACCCUCGGCUGAAACAGACGAUGGAAAAGAUUAAGAAGAUGGAAGAUGAAGAUGAUGAUGCGAGAAAUUUUACUUUGGAUAAAGAGUCGUUCAAAGAGUGCAUUCAUCCUUCUGUUCAACUCAUUUCUCAAGCAUUACGAAACAAUCUCAUCAUCCCAUCUUGGGGAGAAUUUUGUGCAAAAAUUAGAGAUCUCUUUGAGGAGAGCCGAUGUGAAACGUCUGGUGAAGUUGCCACAUACAUUCCACAGCUGGCUCGUCAAGGCCCCGAAAUUUGGGGAAUGUCUAUAUGUACCAUAGAUGGACAACGAGUGUCUUUCGGUGAUGCUCGAUACAACUUUUGUGUUCAAAGUGUUAGCAAAGCUUUCAACUAUGCGAUUGUGUCUUCGGACUUAGGAGCUGAUUUCGUUCACUCGUAUGUAGGACAUGAGCCUAGUGGACGUCUCUUUAACGAGAUCUGCUUAGAUCCCAAUGGAAAGCCCCACAAUCCUAUGAUUAAUGCUGGAGCUAUCAUCGUGACUUCCUUGAUAAGAAAUAAUCUAUCAAUGGCAGACAGAUUUGAUUUUGUGCUUGCCGAAUAUAGAAAACUGGCUGGCGGAGAACAUGUUGGCUUUAAUAAUGCAACGUUCUUAUCGGAACGUGAUACUGCUGAUCGAAACUAUGCCCUUUCUUAUUACAUGAAGGAAAAUAAGUGUUUCCCUCCUGGAACUCAGGGACUACGGGAGGAACUCGAUUUUUAUUUCCAACUUUGCUCCUUAGAAACAAAUUGCGAAACUGCUGCUGUUAUGGCAGCCACGUUGGCUAAUGGGGGUGUUUGUCCAUUGACUGAUGAAUUAUGCAUUCAUCCUCGGCCAUGUAGAGAUGUCCUCUCACUUAUGUAUUCUUGCGGAAUGUAUGACUAUUCGGGAAAAUUCGCCUUCCAGGUUGGGCUUCCUGCUAAGUCAGGCGUUUCUGGAGUGAUGAUCGUUGUGGUCCCUAACUUGAUGGGUAUCGCAUUGUUUUCUCCAAGAUUGGAUAAGAUGGGAAAUAGUGCAAGAGGAGUCGCAUUCUGUCAGAAGUUAAUUGACACCUUCAACUUCCACAACUAUGAUAGUUUGCUGCAUGCUGACUCCAAGAAAUUAGAUCCCCGACGAAGAUUGGGUAAUAGAGACACUGAGCUUGUUGUGAGUCUCCUAUUCUCUGCAAAGAAUGGUGAUCUUGAAGCCAUUAAGAGAAUGACCAUACAAGGAUGUAAUAUGGAAGUGGCUGAUUAUGAUGGAAGAACAGCUUUACACGUUGCCGCUGCCGAAGGAAAUCUUGAAGUUUGUCGGUAUUUGGUAGAACGAGCUCAUGUUUGCAUUAAUCCUAAAGAUAGAUGGGGUCACACUCCAAUUGAUGAUGCUCGUACAUUCCGACAUGAAUUUGUACAGGAGUAUUUGAUGACGGCAUAUUGUAAUGGAUUACCUAAUGGUAUGGGCAACUUCCCCUCUCAGUGUGAUACUCCAGCUUCUGAAUAUUCUGAUGGUGACCAAGGAGCUGCAGACACUGAAGAGGAAAUCAACGUGAUAACUGUGAGCGAAGCGGAUUCAUCUAUAAUUCUGGAAACACCGACUAUCAACUUACCAGAGAAUACAUCUUUCGGUCAAACAAUUAAGAAAGGUCCCGCUCGCAUAUGGAAUGGUAGGAAGCUAUUAUCGACGACAGAGGAGGAAGAUAUUAAAGAGGAUGGAGAUGUUUAA